AACUUUCAAGUUAUCCUGAAAAUGAGACUAUAAUUUAUAAAGAACAACAAAAUAAUCAAAUUCGAUAUAAUUUCACUUAUAUAAUUGAAAAAGAAGGUUUUUAUCCAAAAACACCAAUAUUAGCUUAUACUGAUUGUUCUCGAAUUUACAAAAUUCCAGAUAAUUAUGCAAUUAAAACAUUUUAUACUUGGAACCAAGUUCGUUAUAUUAUAUGCUGUGAAAUAAAUUAUAUUGAUAAUAAACCUCAAUUUAAAAUAUUGCAUGGCCGAAAUUUUGAAUUUCAAAUAGUAAGUUACUCAAUUUCUGAAGCUGCUUUUAAUCUUAAACAAGCUCUUGGUUUUAAUGAAGAUGUUUUAAUAUCUGAUAUCGAUAUAUAUAUAUUUGGAUUGCAAUUAGAAUCA